AUGCCCGGUUUUGCGUGGGCCGUGGGCCACUUGGCUGUGGGCUGGGAUCGAACCGGGCCGUGGGCCUCGAACGCUACCGCUCGCUCAGUUGUUUUUUUUGAGUCGUCCAGUCGUCCUCCUCCGUCCUGCUGCUCUGCUCCACGCCGUAGCCAACGCGCCCUCCUCCUCCGUGCAGCGAGGUCGUCACCUGCGCCGGCCACGUCGUCCAGUACCCGUUCUGGCUCAACACCUCGACGUCGGUCCGACUGCGGCUACCCGGGUCUCGGCCUCGUCAGCGAGGACGACGGCACGCUGGUCCUCCCCGUCAAGUCCCACCGCUACAGAGUGUUCCGCAUCGACUACGAUACGCCCACCGUCGUCGUCUCCGCCGCCGACACCGACGAGCACGCGCCCGGCUGCCCGCGCCUCCGCCACAUGAACCUCACCAUCGACACCGACAGCUCGUGGCUGCGGCUCACGGUCUCCCACUCCAACGACAUCACUUCCCUCUACGACUGCAUGAAGAACGCGUCGUCCUUGUCCUCCGCCGUGGAGCUGAGUUGGUGCCAAGAGGCGGUACGUGGGUGCAUCGGUUCUCUUUCUGUUCGCUAGACUUCAGAGGAUGUGGAAUGCUCAUUAUUUGCUGAGAUUGCGCGUUAUCUCUCUCUCUCUCU